AUGCCGGUCCUAACGAGCCCAGACAUUGCCGACAAGUUUAAGGAGAAAUGGCUGGCGGUGUACCCGGAGGAUCAGGUCUCUGGGUCGGACUCUGCCCCCCUCGACGACAGCCUCACCAGCCUCCACUGGCUCCAGAAUUUCUCCAUCCUCAGCGCGGAUCCGGAGCGACCCAACGGCGCCGGACCGGGGUGUCCGUCCUCCCAGCAGCACCUCUUUCUCAAGCGCCUCGGCUUCCCCAGAGCAGGCACCGACUCUCCGUCCAGCCCUCCGGCCGGGGACACCGCGGCCACCGGGAUGCCUCUGUACCUCGGGAGCCCCGUCACCUCCGGCAGCGACUCCACCGCGGCCCCGCCGAGGUUCUCCAGUUGCGCGCAUCCCACAUCGGGCUACGCGCAGAUCCCCAUCCAGGCCAGCCCGCCGGUGGAGGUCGACUACAAGACCAACCCCAAAGUCAAGCCGCCCUACUCCUACGCCUCCCUCAUCUGCAUGGCCAUGCAGGCCAGCAAACAGCCCAAAGUGACUCUGUCCACCAUCUAUAACUGGAUAACGGAGAAUUUCUGCUACUACAGACACGCGGAGCCCAGCUGGCAGAACUCGAUUCGUCACAACCUGUCCCUCAACAAGUGCUUCAAGAAGGUCCCGAGACAGAAAGACGAGCCAGGGAAGGGAGGCUUCUGGCAGAUUGAUCCUCAGUAUGCCGACAUGUUCGUCAACGGCAUCUUUAAACGCAGGAGGAUGUCCGCCAACCACUACAGCAGCAGCAGCAGCAGCACAAACAGACAGAGCAAACUACUUCAGGGUUACCACAGCGCCCAAAAUGGCUGCCCGUACCAAGGGUUGGGCGGCAAACGGAAGCACCCGCCUUCUAAAAACAACAGCAGCAAAGUGAUGAGGGCCACGGAGUCCCCUCUGCUAGCAACGGAGGCCAACAAAGCAGACAUCCUGAGGGGGGACUUCGACCUGGCGUCCGUGUUCGACGACGUCCUCGGCGGAAACUGUAGCACCUUUGAGGAUUUGGACAUCAACACGGCGCUGAGCUCCCUGGGAUGCGAGCUGGAGGUCUCCAUGCAGGGGAGGCAGCACUCGGCGGGGCUGGGGAGGUGGUGCGGAGGAGGGGACAUUAUGGGCCAGAGCCAGCACAUGAACCACCAUCAGUCCUACGGCUACAUGGACCUCAGCGCUGCUGCUGCUUCCAUGGAGUGCACGGUCAACAUGGGAGAGCUGCACGUGCCUCAGCAGCAUCCACAGCAGCUGGACCAGGACCAGCUGCUCCACGGCCACCACCAGCUGCAGCAUUUCGACGAGGCCUCGGCGCUGUUCCCGGAGCAGCCGGAGGAGGCGGUGCUGCAGCCGUGGGAGGAGAUUAAAGAAGAGGCGCAGGCCAUUCCUCUGACUCUGGAUCAGGGCUUCGGUCUGUGCGAGGGCUUCUUCACAGAGAUGCAGCCAUGGGAACGAGUGGAGAGCUAUAUGUGA